GCCUCGCCGCAUGGGCCAGGGCCCCGCGCGCUCGCCUCGUCCUAUGCGCCCCCGCCUUGCCGCACAGGCUUGCGCCCCCGCCUCGCCGCACGAGCGGGCGCCGACUGGGCCGACAUCGACCGCGGAUUAACAAAGAAAAGGCGCACCCAGUGGAGCCGCGCCAGCAGUUUACGCAGGAGGGGCGUGCGGCGCGAUAGCUUGGCGCCGGCCGCCCCCUGUAGAGGCCGCCCAAAGGGGGCGGCGGGCGCUUUCUUGGCCCCC